GUGGUCCAUCGCACUGGUUGGUGGUAUGUCUCCUGUUCCUCCACCCCCUCCGAGCUCCCCGUGCCGUCCAGCUAAACAAACAUUACUACUAGCUCCGAAGGCUUCUUCUAGGAGCUGUGCUUCCAGAGGUACAUCUCCGUAUUAUGCUUGAAGCGCAGAAACUUCAUCUGACGGUGACCAGAUUGACCAUCAGGACGAUGACCAACCGCGCUUUGAGGACGAUGAAGACGACGACGAGGGAGGGAAUAAAAUGAGCCCAUAUGGGGAAGGUAACCACUGUGACGACGUCGAAGACGACGAUAGCCGGUCGUUGAGCACACGCCGUGAAGAGGAGGAUCUCCCACACGUCCUUCCGACUAAACAUCACACCUCGAGCAUCAAAGAGGAGGACAAAUAUCGCCAUCCACCACUGCGCUCAGCAAGCCCAGCACAUACCGCUCCUAGCGAUGUUUCGCCAUCACACGGUACCGCCGCAGACCAUCAUGCCUGCGAUGCGACGGGGCCGUCCACGGGGCCACCGGAAGUGGAGAACAAUCCUCCCCAAGGGCUAGCAACCCACCACCCAAACGCGCCUCCGAGGGAAAUCAACGAAAUCUCCCGAAGCCCAAAGGAUUGCUGUCUAUUGCCCCCCAGGGAUUUACCAGAUGCCCGCAUCAGGCAUCUCGAUAUCCGACUAGCACCGCGACUAGACAACUUUCACGUGGCGUGGCUAGAAAGAGAGAAAAAUCGCUGGGUAGAGGAGGAGGGCAUCACGGAGCAGCACAGGGACAAUCUGAUGACGAGCGUUGGAUUCCUCUUCUCCGUCCCGGGCAUGGAAAGUCGCGAAUGUACCAGUAGCAAGCGAGACAUACAGGAUGUCUACCUUGUCCCCAUCGGUGCCGAUUUUCCCUCCCUGGUCGUGGAGUGCGGUGGGUUGCCGGACAGGCAGGAAAUGAUUGCCGACAUGCGAGACUGGUUCAGAAAGGGCCAUGGCAAGGUGGUGAAAGUUAUCCUCAUGAUUUGGAUCAUGCUGCCGGAGGCCAUCAUGGGGGGCCGUAUCGAGGCCUAUGACUUCGACCACGUGCAGGACCGAGAGAUCCUUGUUCGGGAGUGGGUUUUUCUACCGGAGAACGAUCGGUCGCGGUCGCAGUCGUUACAGAUGACUCUGGGCGACCUAUACGGAAACAGAGCGAAGGAGCUGUCGGAAGCCGAGAGAGGCAUCAUAGUUUCGAUAUUCAAGCACGACUUUUGCGACGAGGCUGCCAGGGCGAUCGGGUCGUCGGGUCUUCAUAUCCCGGACUGCAACGAUGCGCUCUGGCAAUUCGAGCGCGGCGGACGGAGCAGUAUUGAAACCACCGGUGACGAAGGACGAGGAGGAGGAGGACAUGUCAAUUCACACAACAUCACUGGAAGUCACAAUACGAGCUACGACUACUCGCGCAACCAAUUGAGCAACGAUUACUCCAGCAGCAGUAACAGCACCACUACCAACUACAGGAUCAGGAUCAUGAAAGCUGGUGCCAGUAGACUCGCCCCCAAGAUCGGAGUUUCUUUUCCGCGCAGUGGCGCCAGGAACAUUGCCAGAUCGCGAGACGCCAAUCGACAAGACGCCAUUAGAAAUCCUAGUACGGACCUCGUCCCGCCGCAAGAUGUUAGUUCACUCGCCGCCAAUGCGAACCGCAGGAUGAGCGUCGACACCUUGGAAGCGGAAGAUUCACCGGCCGUCGCGCCUCCGGAGAGGGACAGGGAAACACUGGGGAGCGUGAACGACCUACCUCCGCACAUCCAUGAAAUUGCUUCGCAGGCAGCCGUAAACAGCAAUUUUCUCGCCGCUUUGAUGAACUGGUUUUGGUGGGCGAAGGAGGCUUUAUGGAAUUGUUGGCGGCUUGAAUGAGAAGGUCGUGGAUGGGACUUGCAAUAAAAUCAGUAUUUCUCCGAACCCAUCCAGGUGUGAGUCGUGUCGACUCUCCCACUGCAGAGUGGCCAUGUGGCUACCAGCCACUCUGUAAUGCAAACGCAGCCUCUAGUGGCAGCUACCAGACGCGUAUGUACAUCUACAUCUUGUUAUUCCUAUUGGGGGCCAUACGGGGACCACUCGUCGAGCCCAAUGAGGCGAGAAACGACAAGGAGCCAAGUGCUUAACCCGUGACUUUCACGCGAUUUGGACGUGAUCAUGACGUGAUAACAAGCAACAUCGUCACGAAGCCCCCGAUUAUGGUGUUCGCCUUAUGAAAGAGUAGAUACGGUAC